AUGUUUCCUUUCCCUCCGGCCCUUCCGAACCCGACCCAGAGCACCUCCACCGAGCCUCGCCCACCUCCACCAGCGCCAUCUCGCCCUCCUACAUUCACUGCUAUAUCCCAACCUCUCAUCUCCUUCAGCCCAAAGCCAUCCCAACAGCCGCCACUCGACAGGACUUCUCGUCCAAACCCACAGACCUUUGGGCACAUUCCCGGCGUGCUCCCCGGCCAGUCAUGGGACAAGAGGUCAGAAGUCAGUCAGGCCGGUGUACACGCCCCCUACCAGGGCGGAAUCUCCGGCACCGAAGAACGCGGUGGAGCCGAAAGCGUGGUCUUGAAUGACGGCUACCCUGAUGGUGACUGCGGUGACAUUAUCUGGUACAUGGGAAGCGGCGGAUUCAGAACCCCGGAAGGCAAAAAGGCAUCCAUCAUGCAGCAGGACCAAAAGCCCGAUGACCGGUUCAAUCGCUCACUCCAGCGCUCCAUUGCAACUCGAAAUCCAAUCCGAGUCCUCCGAGGUCCCGACGCGAUCCACUCCCCAUGGGCACCUGCGUUUGGAUACCGCUACGAUGGUCUCUAUCAGGCCAUGCGCUCCGAAAUCAUAAAAGAUCCCUCUGGGUGUACCGACUUCAAAUGCGUCAUCUUCCGCUUGGAACGACUCGAGCGAGACCGGUAUGCCAUCCCGGUCAAGUCCGGACAACUCGCAAAAGCGCUCGAGAAGGCCAACCAAGGACGGAACCGAAAAUUGGAAGAAGAUGAAGGCUCUAACACCCCAAACAACCUUCUCAAACGAAGCAAAGUCUCCCGUCCUCGAGACUCAAGCAGCUCUCAACCGCGUCCACUUCCACAACGUCCCCCUCCAUCUCAACCCGAUCCUCUACGCCAGCCGAAACCUCUCCAAAAGCCAUCCAACUUUCAUCGAACGAUUGAGGAACCCACCAUCCCUCUAACCCACCCUACUGAAUCGACCCCACGUAUGAGAGACAUCUUGGGUCAAAUGAAGUUUCAAAUCGUCAAGCCGACUGUCCCAGCUGAUACAGGGCCUCAACCUCCCCCCGCCGUCCCAACUCAAGGCCAUUCACGAGGAACCCCCUCUUCUCAUGUACCAUCGGCUACCAAUUCUUCGGCUCCUUCGAGAUCCCAUUCUACCACAAACCUCCCAGCUCGUCCUCCUUCUCCUUCCAGAUUCCACUCUGCCGACAAUGCCUCAGCCUGUGCCCGCCCAAACUCGCCUACGCGGCGUGAGCGGCCAAGGUCGCCUAUACGGCGUGAGCUGCCGCCAAGGUCGCCUUCACGGCGUGAGCUGCCGCCAAGGUCGCCUUCACGGCGUGAGCUGCCGCCAUGGUCGCCUUCACGGCGUGAGCUGCUGCCAUGGUCGCCUUCGCGGCGUGUCUCACGGGAGUCACCUCCACCGACGAGUCGCAGUGGUGCUGAAACAGGUAGCCGAACUUUCCAUUCAGAAUCUCACUAUCGCCCUCCACCGACGAGUCGCAGUGGUGCUGAAACAGGUAGCCGCACUUUCCAUUCAGAAUCUCACUAUCGCGACAGACGCCCACCACCUUCGCCACACAGAAGCUCCUUCAAUCCAAGGAGUCCUCCAUCUCACAAGGCAUCAUAUGCUCGUCCAUACGAUCGUCCACCGCGUUCCCCUCGUGCUCGCUCGCCGUCUCGUUAUCGGCCAUCCUCUCGACGCUCAUCACCACGCUCAGAAUACCCUCCUCCGGCCUACAAAGACUCGGCCCCUAUUAAAUCACACUCAGAUACAAGACAUCCGGUAGCGGCAAGAAGACGGUCCUCUCCGCCUGCGCCAUCAAUUUCAAGAACAAAUCAUCCCCUACCACAUAUUCCUUCACCAAUCCAUACCGGCUUGAAAUCACCCGUGCAAUCCUCGUCGCUCACCCAAAAAGGCCCUGAGGCAGAGCCACCAACCCCAGACACAAGCUCCAGUUUGAAAUUCUUCUUCCCCGCUCAUCCGGUCUUCGUCCAGAACUAUCCAUCCGCUCAACAUCGUCGUCCAUCCAAUCCUGGUCACAACAAUAAAUCUUCAGCAGUUGGCUCUUCAAACAGGUCAAUUGACAUCAGACUUGAUGUGGUUCUCUCACCUCUACCCUGUGAUGAUUUCGUUAUCCGGCCAGAUGAUCACCAGAAUCAAGUUGAUCACCAGACUCAAGCUCAGCAGUUGAAUCAGACUCAAGCUGAUCAUCAGACACGAGUUGAUCACCAGACUCAAGCUCAGCAGCCGAAUCCAUUGCAAGACGUCUCGGACAGCCCUCGCUCCUCACCCAUGUCUCUCGACUCUGACUUCCCGGCCUCAAGCCCAGAUCACUCAUGUAACACUAGUCCAACAGCCACUCACUCACCCGAAGUGGCUACUAAAAACAUCACCGAACCCGAAAUUCCUCGUACCGCUGCAGGUGACCCUGCCACCCCUAGAAGUCUUUGCUCAGAACCGGACAGUGCGUGGGUGAGGAUGGAACUUGAAGUUGAUGAGUUGGAUGAGGCUAAGCCCAAUAUUGCUGCCCAGUGUGAUGAUCAACCGGGGUCUCCAAUGAAACAGAAGGAGAAUCCUUCAGCAGGGCCAACCCAUGGUGGUCUCGAGAUUAACACCCAAUCCUUGAGCGAGGAUAUCGACAUGCUGAACUCGCCCGAUGAUGAUGAAGGCACGGCCCAUGAUGGGGAGAGACAUGAGCUGAAGGAUGAGAUGUUUGAGUGUGAGCUGGACGAUCUCGAGUCGAUCUGGGGGAAGAGUGAUGAAGCUGACGGGCCGGGGGUGGACGACGCGGACCGAAUCCGCUCAAAGAGUGGCUCAGAGGAGCACUGGAGUGCCACCAAGAGCUCUUCUGAUGACCAUUCAGUCACUGGCACCGAGGGAACCAUGGUCAGCGACGAUGACGAGGAUCUCGACGGAUUCCCUAUCGACCUUAGUCUUCCCGUCGACUGGUGGGAUUCGGAGCCCAAACCCAAACACCCCUUUGAUAACCUUCCCGUCCUCUGGGAUCACAUUAAUGCCACUUACACUCUUGCCGGAUUCAAGCUCGACAUUGAGGACCAUAUCUCUCUUGAUCAUUCUUAGAACAAUCCUGAACACCCUCAAACUCUCUUUGGUUCUCCUCUUACCUAAUACCACUUAUUUUUUUUGUUUUUAUUCUCAUAAAAGUAUAUAUAUCAACUUCUGCUUUUUCUUCAACUCUCUAGUUGUUACUUUUCUUCAGUCUUAUUUCUUGCUUUUCAUAUUUAUUCAUGUUAUGUCUUUCUUUUUUUUUUCUUCUUCAUGAUUUCUAUUCCUUUUUUCUUCUUCUUUUUUUUUUCUUUUCUCUUUUUGUGAGGUGCUUUGCAUUUCUCUCAUUUGUUUUUUCUUCUGGGGUUGAGGGGACAAGUUAGGCAGAAGCAGACAUAAGACUCAUAUCAAAACCCAUCACGGCUAUCAAUGACACUAGUGAAGAUUCCAAUCAAACAAGGACUGGUGAUUGAGAUUCUAAUUGUGUAUUUAGGACAAUGAUAUCUGAUUGAACAUCACUUAAUACCAAGAAUCAUAUUUAUCUUACA